AUGCAAAACCACCCACAACUACUUCGAAGACCUUUACCUCCAAAAUUCCCUAAGCUGCCUUUAAGUAAGAAGAAAGUCCAUACAGCCAAGACUGGUAAAACUGAGCCAAAACAUGUAAAGUUCAUUCAAGAUGAAACCACUUCAGUUGAAAGAAAGAAAACUAGUUUUCCUGAUGUUGUUUCAAGAAAUCAACCACAAACCCUUGUCAAAAUCCAAAAUCUUUUUCUUGAUCAUUAUGUACAAGAAAGAGUGACUACUAAUGCAAUACCCAGAAAAACUUUUAAGAAUGUCUAUUGGCACAUUCCAGAGACUGCUACUGGUUCCAUAUUUUUUCCAACCUGUCAUUCAGCCUCAAGUCGAGUUUUUGGGAAAGAAACAAGACAAAUGAAAAGGUCAUUCUCCAGACUUCCAAGUACCACUUCCCCAGCUAUUCCUCCCAAACCCAAGGAAGUUCACUCUGAGUAUCUACCUUUAUCUACCUAUACUUUUAGGCAAUCUCUGAUAGGUCCACAUGCAACAAUGCCAAGCCCUGUUCCAGGAUUUAGGCGUGCUAAAGCAGAAAGACGAUGGGCUAAACAUUUAAAACAAAAUACUGCCAUGGUACUAAGUAUUACUCAUUUUCCAGGCCUCAUGUCCAUACCAACACCAGUUUUGCCAAGAAAACCUCGAAGACAGUCUUUGUUAGAAACUCAUAUAACAGAAUCCGAAAAUGUAGAAAGUACUCCAAGGCAAAGCAUGCCAAACCUGCCUGAAGGUAUCAUUAAAUCUAGAAAACCAGAGGAAUCACAGGCACAUCUCAUUCGUGGUGGAGGUCUUAAGACUAUUAAUGCAACACGAUAUGAAACAAUAAUAGCCGUGACCAACCUCGCCAUAGUAAACUGUCAAAUAUAUGGAAGAAAUGCACUUAAUCUUAAGGGCUUUUUUAUCACGAAAUGUCCAGACUUAAUGAUUUUGGCUUCCCAAUUGAUAUAUCUUAACUUAUCCUUUAAUGACAUCAGUUACUUUCCCACAGAAAUACUUUGUCUUAAAAAUUUACAAAUACUAUUACUGAGAAAUAAUCCUAUCAAAGAAAUCUCUUCUGAAAUUCAACAACUUAAGCUCCUUAGAGUUUUCAGCAUUGCCUUUAAUUUGAUUACUACUCUUCCACGUGGGUUAUUUUUUUUGUCCCAUCUUGAGGAACUUGAUAUUUCUUACAAUAGUAUUGUUUCCAUUCCAAAUGAAAUCCAGAAACUCAGGUAUUUUGGAAGUC